AUGAAGACCUCUGAUUUUUUUAUCACUAUAACUGACAAAAAUAAUGCUGCACAAGAGUACUUAUCUCUCCCUGUCGGUUUGGAUCCUAAGGCUCUUUUAAAACAAGUUAACCCCUGGGAUGAGAAGGGAGAAAUUCUCGCCUUAAAACUUGCAUACACAACCAAAACCCAUCCCAAACCAGAGCUUAAAAUUUCAAACGCGACCAAAAGGAUGAUUUAUUAUGCCCAAAAUCGACUCAGAGAUGGUAAAUUCUCUUUUGUUAUUCAAGUGAGCGCAAACACUUCUUCAUGUGCCGAGUUCCCGAAACUAAUGUUGAUUUUGAUCAUGUCACAGUGGCCAGGUUAUGCGGAUCAUAAAAUUUCAUUCUCGAGGUCGGAGACACCCGAAAACAUCAUCUGGAAAUGUGCAGAUCAACUCCGUCAGUUCGUUCAGGGUAAUACUCAACACAACGGCGGGGAUCUAGCCUUCAGCAUCCCCAAAUACGGGAUCCUUCCUAUCGAAGUCUACUUCGGAGGCUUUGUAGUAAACGCGGGUCAAAUCUGUCUCGCCAUUUACUGUCCCAAAAUCAUGGAGGAAAAGCGGAAGAAGAUUGCGAGUAUGUAG